GGUUUUGUUGAUCUCAUUGCUUCCAAUCCAAAUAUCCUCUCGUUCCAGAUUAAUAUUUACAAGAGCAACGGCGUUCGUGCUAUCACUCAAACCCUUAAUCAACCCCCAAAACAGUAGCCAUGGAUUUCUCCAAAUACAGCCGCCCCGAUCCAGAAUGGACGGCCUACGCCGCCGCCAGCCCGCCCCGCCCAACCUUUGACAGCAAUGAAGCGGAACGGGCCCACUACAACGGCCUGCGCGAGAAGCUGGCGGCGGCGGGGAUCGCAGCGUUUGAUGGCAAGAUCGUCACGCACGACUACACCAUCCCGACGCGCGAUGGCGCCUCCAUCCCCGCCCGGACGUACCGGCACAAGGACCACGACCCCACCCAGGGGCCCGGCGCCGUGUACGUCCACCUGCACGGCGGCGGCUUUUUCUUCGGCACGCUGGCUUCCGAGGACGGCAUCUGCGCCCGCAUCACCGCCGACACGGGCGCGCUGGUCCUUAACGUAAACUACCGCCACACGCCCGAGUUUGCCUACCCGACAAUGUACCACGACGUCCAGGACGCCUUUGCUUGGCUGCACCGGCAAAUCGUCUCCGAUGAUCCGGUACUCGGCGGCGGUAGGCUGGACCCGAAGAAGGUCGUCAUCGGCGGCAUCUCGGCCGGAGGGCAGUUGACGGCGUCGCUGGUCGUCGCGCAGCACAUCAAGCUGCCGGGAUGCGAGAUCCUCCACGAUCUUCCCGUGCCUGCGGGCCAGGUGCUGAUGAUUCCGCCCGUCGUGGCUCCGGACUUUUAUGACAAGAUCGGGGCGGCGCUCGCGGGGCCCAGUUCUUUGGUUGAGUGCGCAGACGCACCAGUGAUCCCAGCGUGGAGGAUUAAGUUCUUCAUGGACUUGAAGUUUAGGGACGUCAAGCCUGGCCCAGAGGAUUAUGUGGUGAGCCCUGGCAACGUGCCGGUAGAGAAGCUUAAGGGCCUGCCACCGACAACUUUUGGAGUGUGCGGCAUGGAUCCGCUGAGGGACGAGGCGCUCGUAUGGGGAAAGUGGUUGAGUGAGCAGGGCGUGCCGACCAACAUUCAUGUCAUCCCUGGCUUCCCUCACGGCUUCAGGGCGAACGGUGCCAAGCUGUCCGAGAAAGCUUGCAAGCGUUGGGACGACAUUAUGCACGGCGGGAUCAAGUGGGCAUUGUCGGAGCCCAAGGCGACUGGUGUUUUUGAGAUAAAAGACCAAUGAGAAGCUCGGAUGAUGAAAGCUAUCCGUUGUCAACAGGCACCACGACCCGAACUUAGAGGAAGAAAGCUAAUGAACCUGACGAAAGAGACUUUAUUAGUCUGAGGUUGGUAGCCAGGUAAAUCGACAUGUCCGUAUUGAAAUAUUUACUCAUGUAUUGAUGAAAGUUACACUGUAGAAUUAUGAAC